GGUAGACACUCAAGUUAUGUGUAUUUUCAGCACCACUCUGACAUGUUUUUAAACAUUGAUAAUUAGAAGCAUUGUUGUUAAUCAUUAAUUCGAAUGUCGUAUUCUAAUAUAAAUAAUCCUACCUUGUCGCGCUCUUUUGAGUCUACUAAUGACGACUUUCGCUCAAGAUCAAACUCUCCGGCGCAUACUAUUGGAAGCAAGACUGGUAGCGCGUUUAUUCCCGAUAGUCAUAGCAUUAGUAGUACAAAGAGCGUCAAAUCAUACCCUAGAAAAGGAACAACACUUGCGAAUGCUAAUCUUACUGUUGAAGAACAAAAUCAUUUGGAAGAAGUGCUUUCACGCUUCGAUAAAUUUAGGCAAAUUGAAGACAAACGUGUGAGACAGUUACGCCAAGAAAUGAUUGAUAAGCAAAAGGCUCGUAUAAAAAAUUCAGAAUCUAUCGGUGAAGGUCGAUGUAACAAUUGUAAUACUUUAUUUGUACCACUUUUACAACCGGCUAUUCGAUGUAUCAAUUGUCAUGGGGAUUUCUGUCGUAUAUGCACAGAAAAACUACAUAAUACAAAUGUUGUAAUGUGUAAAUUUUGUCGAUUCGAAACUCUGCACAAAUGUAAACUUGGAGUAUGGUUCACGGAACAACUGAAACAAGCUCGAGCAUCUGGUCGUGUAAGAGGUGUUAGUGGUCCAGAAGCUCUACGUUCAUCUAUCCAAAGAAUUCAACGUGAAGCGAGAUCUAACACACCUCGUAGUCGAGGAGCAAAUGUGCAAGAAUUGAUUCAACAGCAUCGUAGAUUAUCCGGUACGUUUUCUUUCGGGAAUACAAACGAAACAAAUAACUUUGGGAAAAAUGAUAAAUCGAGAUCUAUGAGUCUAUUUUACCCUGAAGAUGAAAAGUCAAAUAAAGUAUCUGGAGAUAACCAAUUUCUCAAUCGUGAUAGAGAUACUUCAAUUCUUGACAAAUGUUCGAAAAACAACGCUACUGAAGAUGCUGCGGACGGGCAACUUGAAGUCAAUCAUCAGGAUCAACGUGUUGGAUUUACCACAACAGAGGAAAAACGUCAGUCUAGUUCGAAACCAGACAAACAAUCGAAAUCUCUUCAUAAUUCCCAGUCACUGGUUGAUAGUGGUUAUGUUCCACAAAGAACUCAUUCAUGGAUUGACGAUGAAACAGAUCCAACGGUUGAUAGACAUCACUCAUCUACUCCACAGUUGCAUCAAAUAAAUAUAUCUAAAGAAGCUAAUCUUCAUAAGCAGAAUCCGGGAUUCAGUUCAUCAGAAUGCUACAGUCCAUCUUUAGGUAGUGACACUACAUCAUUAACAGAGAAAAAACUCAACUCCUCUUAUGCAGAUUUGACACCUGGUAAAAUACCUAUAACACACCAAAAACAUUUGGAUUCUGAAGCUGGAAGCCGCACAAAUCUAAGUAUAGCCAGUGGGGCCAGCCAUGCAUCCACCCUAAGUGUAUACAGCGAACGCGAAUCAAGUUACUCGCAUGGCAUUCAGAUAUCUGGAGAGAUGCUUAUGGCUGUGAUUUACGAUGAUGCAUAUAGUACACUAAAAAUCAGUAUCAAACAAGCACGUAACCUAGCGAUAGCAGAUAGAAAACGCAACAUAACCAAUCCCUAUGUGAAAUGCUAUUUACUACCAGAUCGAACUAAGGGUAGCAAACGAAAAACAUCGUACAAAAAAGCAACAUGUAAUCCUGUUUAUGAUGAAGAAUUUAAAUAUCGUAUACUAAAGCAGGAUCUAACAUUGCGUACACUUCAAGUAUCUGUUUGGCAUCAUAAUGCAUUGGGUUUGAAUUUAUUUCUGGGUGAAAUUUUUUUACCGCUGACUUUCCAUCAGUUUGACCAAGCCUCCCAUUGGUAUAAACUUGGUGAACACCGCUUCCUUCCAACGGUAUCACACUUACAAAUCAGUCGAGGUGAAAUAGUUCUAGCCAUAAAACUCGUACCGGGUGAAACAGGUAAUAAUCGGGGUGAAAUUCAUGUGUGGAUCAAAUCUGCCAGAGGUCUCAGUGCAUCUACUGACGGGAUGGCUCUAAAAAAGGAUAAUGUUGAUCCCUAUGUAAAAAUAUAUAUGUUGCCCGGUAAAGAGAAGUAUUCCAAACAGAAGACAAAGGUUGUCAGAAAGAAUAAUAAUCCCGAAUGGAACCAAGCUAUCAUAUACAGAGACAUUAUCCUUAAUUCUUUAAAUGAAAUUGGAAUAGAAAUUUCUGUUUGGGAUUACGAUCGGUUCUCAUCGAAUGAUUUUCUUGGAGGAUGUAGAAUCAACUGUGGAUCACAUGAUCAACCAUGGUUGGAUGCAAUGAAUGCUGAAAAAUCAGCCUGGUUGGCUAUGUGCGAAAGACCAAAUAUUUGGAUUGAAACAACAAUACAAUUACGAUCCAGUUUAAACUAACCAUCUUCAUACUUGAGGGCGAGAAUUUAGUGUUUCCAUUCCUCCAUCAAGUCCAGAAAACUUUGAACAACUCCUAAUAUUAAUAAAAAUUAGUGGUAUCCACAUUGUUUGUGUAUCAGAACUAAAUACUUUCAUGGAUAUGAUUUCAUUAAGUCUGUGUUUUCAUAAUAUGCGCCUGAUGUUUUAUUGGUUGCAUUUUCAUAGAAAUACUGAAACUUUUGGUAAAUAUUUUCUUAUGCAAUCUUCUUACCUUUUCAGUCUUCUUUUUUCUUAAUAAUUACUAGUGUUCUUAUUAUUAUUAUUACUAUUAUUAUUAUCGAUAAUACAAACACUAUCAUCAUUACCUAGUUCAUUUUUUAAUAUAUUUUGUUACAAUGAAAAGAAACUAUAAAUAAUAAUCAUUAGAAUACUACAUAUUUGUAAUUUACCGCUUUGUAAGGCUUAUUGUCCUUUUUAUUCUAUUGUUUAUUAUAGUCAAUGAGGCUAUGCAUGACAACUAAUUAUAACAGUGUAAUCUUGUGUACAAUUUAUCAUAAAAUAUAAUUAAAAUUGGUUGCACU